AUGGCUCCUACCGCUCUCCCGGGACGCCCGGGUAGUCUCACUCCGGAUCAAGAGGAAAAGCUGCGCGAGCUGUGGAUUGCUACUCUCGACGUCUUUGGUGUAAUCAGCGGUGGACGACAGAGUCUAGAGACCACUGCCGCCGCAUCCACCCACGCUCCUGCCGACACCAAGAAGAAGUCAAAGCUGUCAAUGUUCUCGCGCAAGAACAAGGAUGCCGACCACUCUGCAGAAAACACCGAUGACGAGAAUGACAAGCACGGUCAGGCCAAGGAGUUCCGUCAAGCUAUUCAGAACCAAAGCCCCGAGUCCUUGCGCACUGCUUUCUGGGGUAUGGUCAAGCAUGACGACCCUGAUGCUCUGCUCUUACGAUUCUUGCGUGCCCGUAAAUGGGAUGUUCAAGCUGCUCUGGUUAUGAUGAUCUCGACUCUCCACUGGCGUUCCCAGGAAAUGCACGUCGACGAUGACAUUGUCUACAAGGGAGAAGGCGGUGCUGUGAUUGACGCAAAGUCUGCCUCCGAUGCGACGGCAAAGAAAGAUGCCGAGGACUUCCUCAUGCAAUUGCGCAUGGGCAAGAGUUUCCUGCACGGUGUUGAUGCCGAGGGCAGACCCGUUUGCGUUGUCAGAGCCAGACUGCAUCGCGCCGGCGAGCAAACGGAGAAGAGUCUUGAGAGAUUUACCGUUUACACCAUCGACACCGCUCGCAUGAUGCUGAGACCUCCGAUUGACACAGCCACCAUCAUCUUCGACAUGACGGGCUUCUCCAUGUCAAACAUGGACUACACCCCUGUCAAAUUCAUGAUCAAGUGCUUCGAAGCAAAUUAUCCCGAAUCUCUCGGCAGCGUCCUCGUCUACAAAGCUCCCUGGGUCUUCCAAGGAAUCUGGAAGAUCAUCCGCGGCUGGCUCGAUCCCGUCGUCGCCUCCAAGAUAAACUUCUGUUCAAACGUCGAAGAACUCUCCGCCUUCAUCCCCAAAUCCCAAAUCUCGAAAGAAUUGGGUGGUGACGAAAACUACGAAUACCACUACGUCGAGCCCAGAGAGGGUGAAAAUGACAAGAUGAAGGAUACAGCUACAAGAGACAGAAUCGAAGCUGAGCGUAAAGAGUUGGUGCACAAAUACCAAACUGAGACUGUGCAUUGGGCCAAGGGCGAGAACAAGGGAGAAAAUAGAGCAGCGCUCAGACAAGACUUGCUCCAAAACUACUGGCAGCUUGAUCCUUACGUUCGCGCAAGAACGCUAUACGAUCGUAUUGGCGUCAUUGGUCAUGCUGGCAAGAUGGACUUUUAUCCUACUCCUGUUUCCACCAGCAGUGCGGACCUCGAUUGA